AUGGGCGGCCACCCGGGCACUACACCUCAAGGCCAUGAACUGCAAUUCGGGACGAACCACGUCGGUCAUGCCCUCUUCCUCAAACUACUCACUCCGCUUCUGCUCUCUACUGCCGAAACCACGGGCUCGACGCCCCGCGUCAUAUCCGUCAGCUCGCGGGGCCACGCUCACACCGCCGCCCUGCCAGACGGCGGCAUCGCGUUCGACACGUUGAAAUCCUCCCAAAUUGAUUUGUCAGGCGUGAACAAGUACACGCAAUCCAAACUCGCCAACGUAGUCUACGCGCGCCAAUACGCAUUGCACUACCCGCAGAUCAUCAGUGUAGCGAUCCACCCUGGUGACGUUUUGACGGAGAUCUUCAAUAAAGGCGCCGAGGGGGGUGAUGAGCAGAUUAAAUAUCUGGCAAGGGAAGUGGCGCCUAAGAGAUGUGGAUCGUUGGAGGAAGGGAUCAAGAACGGGGUUUGGGCAGCGACUGCAGAAGGCGUGCUAAGUGGACGGUAUUAUGAACCUGUGGGUGUGUUGGGUAUGGGGAGUGAGUUGUCCAAGGAUACGGGAUUGGGAGAGAAGUUGUGGACCUGGACGCAGCGGGAGAUGGAGGGAUGGGAGCUUUAG